AGUCAUCAGUUGUGGAAGUAACUUCUUCAAUUAUCGUCGCCUUCAGCAAGGAGACACACCAAGUCCCGUGAGGAAUUAGCUUAUUCAUCAGAUCAGAUCAGAUUAAAUCAUGAAGUACAUUGUGGUGUGCAUGGCAAUCUUGGCACUUGCUGGAGCUCAACCGGCUAAGCCAGAGACCUGGAAGGGUGGCAACAUGGAUUCAAUCGUGGAACAGACCAAGACCGAGUGCGCCCAGAAGAACGACGAAAUGGCCUGCAUGAAGUUCAAGGUCCUUAACUUGUUGGAUCAGAUUUUCCGAAAGGACAAUUUCAAGGUGUCAGACAGUGUUGAGGUCACUCGUAACUCACAACCUGUCGAAGAGACCGCCGCCCGCAGCGAGGCAUCCUUCCUGGACACUGUUCAGAACUACCUGGUCUCGCACGAUGUCACCUUCAAGCUUCCUCUGGAAUCCGCUGUCAAAGUCAGCGCAAGGAACAUCGAGGAUGACCAAAUUUCCUUUGACGUUAAGUUCGGCCAGGGACGAGCCGUCGAGGAGGCCCGCAAGUCCAAACUGAAGAAGGUCAUCAUUCCCAUUCUCGUGUUCGUCCUGCUGAAGGCGAUGACCCUCAUUCCUCUUGCUAUCGGUGUUCUUGGUCUGAAGGCCUGGAACGCGUUGCAGCUCUCCUUCUUCAGUUUUGUCGUAUCUGUGGGUCUUGCCAUCUUCCAGCUCUGCAAGAAGAUCGCUGCCGACAGUCACGCUGCACCCAUUGCUGCACAUGGUCCUUGGGAGUAUCAAGCUGCACAGUACAGAUCCUUCCAGGAUGAUGAGGCUAUCCAGAAUGCACAGAACUUGGCCUAUUCGGCUUAUGCUCCAGCAGUUUGAGCCUUCGUUGAUUUAUUAGAACAUUCAAACUCGCGAUUGUCUGACUAGGUACACGCUUUUGUAAAAUACUUUCCGUCUAUGUAUUAUUUAAUAAAUUAUUACUGCAAUUCAAA